UCCUCAAUUGCUUCAUUGACCCGUUGCUUUAAAAUUCUUCAUUUUUUUUUCCACACUCAAUUGCCUUUUACUUGCUUCAUCAAAACAUCCAAUCCCCAAAAGAAGCAGUCUUUUUGAUCCCUUCUGCAAUACUCAAAACAACAAAAAUCCAUUUCUAUUAUUAGUAUUAUUUUCUUGGGUUUUCCCCCAAUUUCAACUCUUUUUCAGCUACUACCUUCUUCUACAGAUUAUGAAAUCAUUUAAAAAAUGUUGUAAAUUAGUUUGAUGGGAAAGGCUGUCUUUGGCCAUUUUGUGAUUCCACUGUCUUCUGUAUUUUUUUUAAUAAAAAUAUUCAUUUUUCAAUCCAAAAAAGAUGAGAAGGUUUCUAUUUGAUGUUUUCAUGUGUUUUUUUUUUAAUAUAAAAAUUUCACAAGAAACAAACAACAGUGUUCUUUUAGACAUUUUAUCAAACACCUCAGGUGCAUUUAAAAAAUCGACUAGUUUUUUUUACUAAAAAAAGCUUGGGAAACAUCAAAAAAUGUCUUUGCUUAGAAGAAGGAAACACCCUUUUAAUGAAUCCUUCAGAAAACCCGAAAAGGAACACGAAAAUGGCGAUUUCAGCUAUGAAAGCAAGAGAAAAAAAAUCCCAUACGAACACGAAGAAGAGAGACCACUGUCGAAGUGGUCGUGUUUCGACACGUGGUGCUGGUUGAUUGGUUGCGUGUGCGUGACGUGGUGGUUCAUCUUGUUCCUUUAUAACGCAAUGCCGGCUUCGUUUCCCAAGUACGUGACGGAGGUGAUAACGGGGCCGUUGCCAGACCCACCGGGCGUAAAGCUGAGGAAACUGGGAUUGACGGCUAAACAUCCGGUGGUGUUCGUGCCGGCGGCCGUGACCGGCGGGCUUGAGUUGUGGGAAGGGCGGAAAUGUGCUCAAGGACUGUUUAGGAAGCGACUUUGGGGUGGCACUUAUGGUGAUGUUUAUAAAAGACCACAAUGCUGGGUAGAGCACAUGUCAUUGGACAAUGAAACUGGUAUGGAUCCUUGUGGUAUAAGAGUGAGGCCUAUCUCUGGACUUGUGACCGCUGAUGGCUUUGGUUCAGGCUGCUUUGUGUGGACAACUCUGGUUUCUAACUUGGCACGCAUUGGAUAUGAAGAGAAAACCAUGUUCAUGGCUGCCUAUGAUUGGAGACUCUCAUUUCAAAACACACAGGUUCGAGACCAAACAUUGAGCCGAAUCAAGAAUAACAUAGAACUGAUGGUAGCUACAAGUGGAGGACAAAAGGUUGUUAUCAUUCCGCAUUCAACUGGAGCUUUAUUUUUCCUGCAUUUCAUGAAGUGGGUCGAAGCACCGCCUCCGAUGGGCGGCGGUGGUGGUCCCUAUUGGUGUUCUAAGCAUAUUAAAGCCGUGGUUAACAUUGCCGCACCGUUUCUCGGUGUUCCGAAAGCUAUACCUUUGUUUUUGUCCGCUGAAUCUAAGGAUAUUUCACUUGUCAGGGCUAUUGCACCUGGUUUUUUUGAGAAUGAUAUAUUUCAACCUCAAAUAUUGCAACAUGUGAUGAGGCUGAGCCACUCUUGGGAUUCAACUGUGUCGAUGAUACCGAGAGGCGGAGACACGAUAUGGGGCGGUCUAGAUUGGUCACCCGAGGAAGGUUACUCUUGUGACCAGAAAAGAGAAAUGAAGAACAGCACCCUGGUCACAAACCCAGCACGUGCCAAGAGUGCUAUUUCUCUCACAAGAAGUGCAAAUUUUGGAAGGAUUGUAUCCUUUGGUAAAGAUGUUGCUGAGGCACCUUCGAAUGAUAUUGAUCGAAUAGACUUCAAGGGUGCUGUUAAGGGUCAUAGAGCUGAAAACCGGACUUGUCGAGAUUUGUGGACCGAGUACAAUGGCAUGGGGUUUGAAGGUACUAAAGCUGUUGCGGAUUAUAAAACAUACACUGCUGAAUCAAUUGUUGAACUUCUUCAUUUCGUUGCUCCGAAAAUGAUGGCACGCAGUACUGCUCAUUUCUCCUAUGGGAUUGCCGAUAAUAUGGAUGACCCUAAGUAUAAACACUACAAGUAUUGGUCGAACCCCUUGGAAACGACGUUGCCAAAUGCGCCGGAGAUGGAAAUCUUUUCUUUCUACGGAACUGGCCUGCUGACUGAAAGAGCAUACAUUUAUAAGUUAUCCCCUACUGCUGAGUGUCAUAUUCCGUUUCAAAUUGAUUCAUCCACCAACGAUGAAGAGACCUGCCUGAAGGGUGGUGUUUAUUCUGUCGAUGGAGAUGGGACCGUACCAGUUCUAAGUGCCGGUUUUAUGUGCGCCAAAGCUUGGCACGGUAAAACCAAAUUCAAUCCUUCUGGAAUCCGAACAUACCUUAGGGAAUACCGUCAUUCUCCUCCGACAACCUUACUGGAAGGACGCGGCACUCUAAGCUGUGCUCACGUCGAUAUAAUGAGAAAUUUUGCAUUAAUCGAGGAUGUUAUAAGGAUCGCGGCUGGGGCUUCGGGUGAAGAACUGGGAGGAAAUCGAGUUCAUUCAAAUAUCUUCAAAUGGUCCGAGAAGAUCAACUUGCAAUUAUAAGCCUGCACUGAUACAUACAUACUCUCCCCUGCAUUGUUUUCCCACUUUGAAUCCUCCGACAUGUAUAUUUGAAUUCGUUGGCACGAAAAGAUCUCGGCGUUUUAAUACGGUCUUCGAAUUGUCAUCGGAAAAAAAAGAGUCUGUGACUGUAUCAUUGUUGUAAGUUUCAACUUCCAUGUCUGGAAAUGUUCUGUCAUAACAUUUUUCGAGCUCUAAACCGAAUCGGAUCCUCCGUUAAGUAUACUCAGAUUCGACGGAGAUAAUCUAUCUCGUUAGUUUAAUAA